CCACGGCACUGGGCAACAUCGUCAACAAUAUAUGCAUCGGGGCCAUGUAUAGGGGUGCCACCGGAAUCAAUUUUACGCGACGUUCACUAGACUCUUCCACCCUCUAGUCAGUGAAGGACUGGACUCCUAGUCAACAGGGGCCUCUUCUGUCGGUCCUGGGACGGGCGGUACCGACCUGACGCCGACGUGCCGAUUGGCGGUGCUGCAGGUAAGCGCCGUCCAUUCAUGUUUCUCUGUCGACCCUCCUUCUGCUGUGUCCCAUCCCAGCGGCCCUCUUAUCGAUGGGUGCGCCCACUCACCGUCGACUCACCAUGAAUGAGUGGUGACUCAGACGGAGGCGUGGGAGUCGCCCAGUGCGUCACCUGGGGGCAUGUGGCGGUCGCGCUUUGACCGCAUGGCUGCUGUCGCGAACAGCUACUUAGCAGCAGGCCAGUAAGCGCUGUCGAUGCGCGAGGGCGAUGUCCAAUGAGCAGCAGAAGACGGACCAAAUAGCAGCGCGCCUUUACACGAAGCUCGCCCACGUCGUCAACCACGGACGCGCGACAGACGCCCGCCCCGGAAAGACAGACAAAUGGUUCAAUCUCGACCUCCCCGACUCUGAGGUCCUCACGCGCGAAGACCGCGAGCGCUACAAGGCCGUAUCUAUUCCCCCGCACCCCCCGCCACUCGAGCUCCAGGUCCUGCUCACCGUCCCGCCGGCGCCUAACCAGGCGCUUGUCUACGCCCCGCAAGAUGCACCGCGCGUCCGCGUCGAGCCCGCCCCGCGCGCGGUCGUCCUCGAGUCCUGGACGCUCACCUUCGUCCCCCGCGGCGAGCUCGACCCCGAUCUGCCCGCCGCGACGACGUACAAGCACGGCAUCUCGCUCUUCCGCAGCGUCUUCACGCUGCUGCGCCUCCUUCCCGCAUGGCGCCUCUGCAAGAAGCUGCGCAGGAGGGGCAACGGCCUCGCCGUCCAGCUGCGCGUCAAGCCCCCUGGUCCCGAGGCGCCCGGCAUGAGCGCCAGCGGCGCGUGGGAUGGUAUCAUGGGCAUGCAUAUGCCCCCCGCGCCCUCGUCCGCGCCCCUGCCCACCUCCACGCACACGUUCGCGCCCAUUCCCCACGCCGCCGGCCUCUUCUCCCUAUCAGCCACCUACCUCACCACCCCCGAAUUCUCGCUCGAGUCGCUCGAGAGCUUGCUCUCGUCGCGCUUCCUGUCCGAGGGCCCCGACUUUGUGCCCACGCUGCGCAAGAACCAGCAGCGCGACAGCGUCGUCGGCUCCUCUGGCUCGCUCGGCCUCGGUUCCACCCGCGCGCCACCCACGCGAUCACCACCGCGCGACAUUCCACUCUCGGGGCGCUCGCCGCCACAUACGAGCAGUCCGCUUGCAAGAUCGCCACCGCGACAGCCGGUGUCACUCCCGCGCUCACGCACGAGCUCGCUCGCAUCCGCGUCGGCGUCCGUGCGUUCGCAUGCGGCGGACCCGCCAUCCCUCGCAGCGCGCCUCCGCCGCGAGAGCGCCACCGGGCGCGCAAGCCCUGACGCGCCCUACACCUCACGCGCAGCCACCGCACCUGCACCCGACCUCAACACCUCGCCCCUGCCCAUCGGCACAGCGCCGACGCGGCCGAGCAUCAAUCCCUUCAAGUCGGGCACCGUCAGCGAGAGCCUCGGGGGCGGCACUGGCAGUCUGGGCGGCGUCGCAGGCAGCCUCGGCAACUCGCCAGGUCUCGCAUCGCGCCGGCAGGCUCCUAUGUCCUCCAAGCCCUUCCCUCCAGCGCAAUUCCCGCCUUCGCCCAGCGCAUCGACGCGCGGGCCGCCGAGUCCUUCGCUGCGCGGAACGUCGAGUCCCUUCCCGAGCCCUUCUCUCCGGCCCGCGCCAAGUCCGCCGGGGAGCCGCCCGGCAUCCCCCCUUGAGCGGGAACGUCGCAUCUCAGAGCUCGGUGCGCCCGAGCCCAGGCCCGUGGCGACCCGCAAGCGCUAUUCAAGCUCGUUCGGCCACCGGUACGAAGCCGCGGGAAGCGUCGGCAGUGGCCGCGGCGUGGGUGUGCCCAGCAGCUUUGGGAGUGCAAGGCCAGGAAGCAUCGGCAGCGGGCAGCCAGGCAGCGCAGGAAGCGGACUGGGGCGGGCGGGAAGUACGGGGAGCGGGCCUGGGAAGCCGGGGAGCUACGGUAGUGGUCCGGGACCCAGUCGCCCAGGGAGCGUGGGGAGCGCAGCGCAGGUCCCGCCGGCUCAGCUGCCGCCGCCGGGCUCGUCGUUCCUCAGCACGACGACGGACGACGACGAGAUCUCGGCGUUUGUGCAGGAUAUCGACAGGAGGAAGCCAUUGCAAGCAAGGCCUCCGCCUGCGAGGGGAGGGGAGGAGGAGCGGGACAAGCGCUCGCCGCCAAAGCGAAACCCACUGCGCGAGGAGCGAACGAUUACACCUGAAGACAUACGCCGCUCAUCACCGAGCACGUCGGAUGCUCGCCCGCCUCCUUCACAUCGGCGGUCCCUCACCGCACAAGCACCUCGCCCGCCAGCGCCUGAAGAAGGGCCUGAGAUGGCGCGUUCCCCACCCGGUCGCGUGCUCGCAACAGAAGACGAAGUCGACGCUCGCCUCCGUGCGAUGAGCGAUCAGUUUGCAGAGAGCCUACGCGGGCUAGGCAGCCGCCGGCGCGCCGUACCUGCUGGGAGUGGGGGGAACAGCGCUGGUGGGAGCGGACCUGGCAGCAGCGCGGCGAGCAGGCUCGCUGAGGAAGGCGGGACGGGGAGCCAAGGCUCGGAGGAAGUCAUCGGCCGCCUCGAGCUCGAGGGACAAGGCGAGGGUGGUGCGAGUCCCGGGCAGCUGGGCUUCCGCCGUGGGGGCGCACGGCCGCCGCGCUGAAGGUGGGAAGCACUACAAGGUUCGUGAGGAGGAGGCGAAGCAUCUUUUCUUAUGGAUUCACGACCGGACCCGACUGGACUGCGCGCGUUUAUGUGUAUACUGUCCACCCCUCAUGCGUAAUCCUCUGUACACAUACGUUCUACAUACAUUUCUCUCUCUCUGUCUCCGUCCCGUAGCUUGCUAUCUAUGCCUGGGUGAUGCCUAGAUGUGACCGGUUUCUGCAGCGUACUUAUUCAUACAUUUGUAGCAUUUGUGAAUGGAAUGGCUUGCUUGAUAUAUUUUCUGUUCUGAUGCGUGCAGAGUAGACGUCAGCCGUCCAGAGUAGCAGUCACUCAGUAGUCGAUAGGCAAUCUCACUGGCUGUGACGAAGAUUCGAACUUACGGGACAAUAGCACGUGCACUAAGUUACUGAAGGAGAGAUUUGAU